AAAUCUAAUUUGACAUAAUAUUUUCGAUAAUUAAUUUUACAGACCCAAGGACUACAUAUAGUCCACACAUUUCUGAAAAUGACACUCUAACUCCUAUAGUUUCCAAUCCUGACAAAUAAGUCCAGGGGCAUGACACUUCCUUGCGCGAUAAUGAUUGAAACAAAAUAACGAUAAUAAUAACAGUAUACCAGAAACUGGAAAAGAUGGGGAAAGGAGAUAAAAGACAGAAAAUCCACGAUGCCCUCAUUCGCAAGCUCUAUCCACCUCCAUCUCCUUCCGGUGGAGAAGAAGAGCCCGAAUCUGUGAGCACAUCAAUCCAUAACCUCGAUUUUGAGCACAUUAAUAACAUAAAUGUGGAUUUUGAGGGGCUUACGUCAUCGAGUGACCGGGAUCAGAGCGAAGACGACGGGAAUGAGCCCAAGAAGUUGACGAGAGCCCAGAGAAAGCGGCUUCGCCAGAAGAAGCUGAAACAAGCGGCUUCUCAACCUCGCCGGAAACUUAUUGGGCCACUGCUGCCUUUCUCUACUGCUUGCGAAGCUGAGGGCGAUGGAAUUGUUAAGCAACACGAAGCUGUUCGACAAAAUGCCGCUAAGGGAGAUGAAUCUCUUGUUCCCGAUCCAGAAGAAGAAUUCAAGGCUACAUCAUCCGGAACCAAACGAAACAAGUUGAAGCAGAGGAGAAUGGCCAAGAAAAUGACUGGUGAUCUUACGAAGUUAUCAGGUUCAGAAAAAAGCUAUCAGGAAGCAGAGUAUCCAUGAUCAAUUACAGUGAAUGCUGCGGACAAGUGAUUGCUUUGUCUUUUGAUUCCUGAAGCUCGGUAUCAUGGGAGAAUUGAUGAUGCCUAAAAAACAAAAAUGUAGCUCAAGAAAGCUAAGAGCUGGAAUCCUCUGUCUGGUCAGAUGGAUAAAUUUCGCAAGCAAACAUCUUUGUCUUGAGUAGGUUAAAAGUGUACACAGUAGCAUAUCUGUGUUCAGGUUUCCAUCCUUCCUGCCAGUGUUGAGAUGAAUUUCUGAUGGUCUUUUAAGCAACCAGUGAAGGUCAAUUAAAAGCUAACACUCUAAUUUGUUUACAAUUACAUUUGUAAAACCAGGAAAUGUUAUUGCUAACCUCUAUCCACUCUUUUGGAUCCAUCCUCCUUCCUGAAAGCCACGCUCUCAUUUUGUCAGCUGUUCAAGGUAUUUUCUCUGUGAUCAUAGACCUAACAACUAACAACAAGUGGGAAAUUGAUUUAUUGUUUAUUCAGAACAAGUCCAUUUUCUUUAUGAUGCUAGAUUGGCUGUUACUCUUAUUAUAACAUUGGGGCUUCAACUAUUAAAAUAACUAGCCUCUCGUUAGAAUGAUAGUAACAUGAUCUUACUGAAUACUGUUUGAGUUUCGGCUUAGAAGAUGGAUCCGAUGGUAGUUGCAGACUGCAGAGGCAGAGCCUUAAUACUAAAAUAAUGGGAGUAUUACGUUA